GAAGACUCAUUCUUUCCUCAUAUCUGCAAAUUCAAGAGAAUUGGUGUCCUCUUCCACCGUUUGGACAGAUCUGUGCAGAGAAGGAAACACCAUGGAACUUUGGACUCUGAUGCAGCUGCUGCUCCUGGGGACACAGCUGGGUGCAGGUCAGGGACAAGGAGAUGAACUCAGCUCCGAAGAAGAACGAAAAGCUCUGAUGCUCAAGCAUUUGCAAGAAGUCUUGGAGUUGUCCGAAAUGACUGACCAGGAGGUUGCCCAGGAGGUGGUAUUGACCGAAGUGAAGGAACCAGAUGGCAAGGAGAAGCUGGAUGGAGAGACCAAGAAGGAAGAAGUUGAAGAACAGGUUGUGCAGCCCACCCAGCCAGGGCUGGCAUCUACAGCAGCCCCAUCGGAGGAAGAGGAUAGUUUCACUUAUGUGUUAUCACGACUGAACAGUCUCGAGGCAGCGGUCCACCGUCUCAACGUGCAAUUCUAUCACAUGGAUGUGCGAGUGUCACAGUUCUCCCAAGAUCUGGCUGAAUUGAAGGGGGGCCUGGCUCAGACUAGUGAGUCACUGGCCUCUCUUAAUGAAGUUGCCACACACAAUCAGAAAGAACUUGGACGCAUUGAUGGUUGCUUGAGGGGCCGGCGCACACAAACUAAAUGCUUCCUGAUCUUCAAGCACUUUGAGACCUACGACGUAGCCCAAAAACUUUGUGAAGCCAGAGGAGGGCAAUUGGCCAUGCCAGCAGAUGAUACUGAGCUGACUGUCCUGCGCCGCUAUCUUUAUGAUGCUUUUCAGCCCUACAACUGGCCAUCCUGGGUGGGCAUCCAUGACCGGCGUUCUGAAGGGUUGUGGCUUUUUGAGAACGGCCAACGCGUCUCCGUCUUUGAUUGGUACCGAGACCAUCUGGUGACUCAACCCAAUGGUGGUACCCGUGAGAAUUGUGUCUCCCUCAGCUCGGAUGAUGGGAAAUGGUGGGACAAUGAUUGUGAAAGGCGCAUGUAUUAUAUCUGUGAAUAUCGCCUCUAAUGUUGUAUCCUUUUUCAAUGCUCAGUUCCUGGUGGGUUUGGUUGCAUUGGUGCCCUUUCACUACUAGCCUAAUGGGUGCAGUGAUAGCUAAAAGUUCUGGACAUUCCAUCCCUCUCCAAUUUUAUUUGCUUCUUCACCUGCCAU